UGGCACUAGCUAAGCAAAUCUAAAAAUAAUCAAAUUCAUGAAAGUCAAACCGAGAGCCUACUGUAGUGCAACUUUGGCUGGAUCUACACUGCCCUAUAUCCCAGGAUCUGAUCCCAGAUUACCUGGCAGUACAGAUUCAUAGAUUCAAGGCAGAUAAUAUGGGAUCAGAUCCUGGUAUAUAUAGGGCAGUGUAGAUCCAGGCUUCAUCUCUUUUCCCCUUCCUGGUCAGAGAGAUGCUUCUUAGAUUUUGUCAUACAAAUAGGUGUUUAGUCAUCAUGCUGGUGAAGAUGCUUUGCCAUGUGAGGCAGGCUCCAGCAAUUUUGGGGGUUGGAAGCAUCUCUGGAAUUUCCUGUUGGUCUGCCCUUACAGCUGACUUGUCAGGAAUAAUUAUGUUCUUCCUUCCUGCCGGAGGAAUACCUGCCUUGGUUUUCUUUUCACCCAAGGAGGGCAUCAGAAGACAACAGAGCAUCAUAAUACAAAGGUACUCAACUCCAUUUCGACCUCCUUUCUUGACAGAUAGCAAUGGCAGGUAAAAACACAUGUUUCGGCCUAACCAUGGCACUCUUUGUGGUGUCGGUUUGGUUGGCCUUGGCCAGUGCAAAAAGCUACCAGAAAUUCCUCCGGGAACACGUCGACUACCCUGUAACCCAGGUUCCCGACAUCCAGCAUUAUUGCAGCCUCAUGAUGAAACGCCGCAACAUGGCGAAACCCAACUACUGCAAGCACCUCAACACCUUCCUCCACGUGGACACCCCAGAAAUCCAAGCGGUGUGUGGCCAAGCCGGGGAGCCCACCACCGGAGACCUCCGGGAAAGCCAGGCCAGCUUCCCCAUGACGGUGUGCCACCUGCAGAAGGGCUCCUGGGCCCCGGAUUGCCAAUAUCAGGGCACCCAGGGCAUCGAGAGGGUCGUCAUCGCCUGCGAGGAAGGCUUCCCCGUCCAUUUGGAAACCGAACUCCCCGAUUAUUGAGGGAACUUUAUCCUUCAUAUUUGCUCUCUCUUUCCCCCCAUCUCUUUAAUGUCCCCAUUAUAUUCAUACCAGCCAAGUGUCCCAGUUUG